UACUUGGGAUUUCGGCGUGAAUACACACAAUUUAGUACAAAUUGUAUAAGAAAAUAGCCGACUCUACACUAUUUUGCUUGCUUGUUUGGAGCGAAGGAAAAAAAAAAAAAAGAAUUUUACUUAAUAAAAAAAAAAAAGAGAAGAAUAAGAGGAAAAUUUUUGUGUGAAAAUAAUUUUUAAUCCAGAAAGCUCACAAAACCAAGAAAAGCAAAAAAUAAUUUAAAUUUUAAUUAAAUUAUUAGAAAAUUUCAAUUUUGUAUAGAAAAUAAAAGUAUAUUUUGAUAUCAGAAAAAUAUAAAAGUAAAAAAAAAAUUAAAAGAAAAAAAUUACUUAUAGAAAAAGAAGAAAAGCAAAAAUAUUUUGUAUUAAAAAAAAAAAUCAAAGUAAACCAGUGAGUUGAAAAAAAUUUUUUUUGUCAUUUUCUAAAAAUUUCAAUUUUAAAAGGCAAAAUAUUUAAAAAAAAAGUCUUUAAAACAAGAAGUUUAAAUUAAAAAGAUUUUUUGAUAUCAAAAAAAGGAAAAAUAAUUUUAUGUAAAAAAGAAACACGUUGAAAUAAAAUAUUCCGGCAUCCAUUCCUGUGUGUGGACCAGCAAAAUAGAAGAAAAAAGAAUAAAAAGAAUUCCUGAAUAGAAAAAAAAUAUUAAUUGUUUUUUUUUCUGAACUUAAGAAAAAAGGAGGCAUUUUUUGAAGAAGCAUCCAUUGUAUAAAAAAAAAAAAUUUGAAUAGGUGACUAAUAUUUCUAUAAGAAAAAAUUCAUCCAAAGAAAUUUUAGCUGAUUUGGCUUGUGGCCGGCUUUGUAAAGGAAAUACACAAGAGGAUUACGUACCCAUAUUACAAAAUUUUUAAUUUCUUUUUUAUAUUCUAAGAUACCAAAAAGUCACCCUCAGUCAAAAGAAAAAUGUCUGAUCGUAAAGCAGUUAUUAAAAAUGCUGAUAUGAGCGAAGAAAUGCAGCAGGAUGCUGUUGAUUGUGCGACACAAGCAUUGGAAAAAUAUAACAUAGAAAAGGAUAUUGCUGCAUACAUCAAAAAAGAAUUUGAUAAAAAAUAUAAUCCAACAUGGCAUUGCAUUGUUGGACGAAAUUUUGGUUCAUAUGUAACACAUGAGACUCGUCAUUUUAUCUACUUUUAUUUAGGUCAAGUGGCAAUCUUACUUUUUAAGAGCGGUUAAAUAAAACAUACAACAAAUUACAAAAUAAAAAAUAUAUAUAUAUAUAAAAAUAAAAAAUUAAAAUAAAAAAAAAACACAAAAAAAAAUGUAUAUCUUUAAUAAAAUAAAAUAAUAUAAUAUGACGUAAUAUAUAGUUUAUACUAUAUACAUAUAUAUAUUAAUAAAAAUAUAAUAAAAUAUAUAAAUAUAUUACAUAAAUUUAUUAUAAAAUAUUUGUAAAAUGAAAUAAAUCCAAAACUUCAAAUUAAAAAAAAAACAAAAACAAAAUGGAAAUGCAAAACCGAUUCAACUUACAAAUCUAAAUUAUAUAUAAAAAAAUGAAAAUAAAUUAAAUAAAUUAAAUUAUAAUUAUAAUAAAUGAAAAUUAAAAAAAAAGCAUACAAAAAAAAAAUAAAUAUUGAAAAAAAAAUUAAAGAAAAACAAAAAAAAAACACAAAUUAAUUUCAGUUUAAAAAAAAAUUAAAGAAGACGAAAAAAUAUAAAAGAGAAACAAAAUACAAAGAUUAUAAAAAUAAAUUACAAAAAAAAAAAAUAAAUAAAUAUGAUUAUGUAUAAUGAAUUACAGAAAAGAGAAUGAAAUAUAAUUGUGUAAAUGUUUUUACUUUUAAGAUAUUUUUAUGCUCUAUAUGAUUUUUUUUUUCUUUUUUUGAUUUUUGUCCACCUUCCUGAAAUAAAAAUAAAAAUAUUAUAAAAAUAAAUAAUGUAUUUUAAAAACUUAUAAAAAUACAUACAUAUAUUAUAUAUAUAUAUAUAUAUAUAUACAUAUACGUUACAUACAGACACAAUAGCAUUGUAUAACUUAUUACACAUACCACAAACACAAAUAUUCAAUUUCAAAUUCUUAUUAUUUUCUUUAUAUAAUAUCGUAUAUCGUAAUUUUAAAGUUAUAAAUUCUGAUUUAUUUUUUUUAUUAUUAAUUUAAUUAUAUAAUGAAUUAGAGAUAUAAUUUUGUCUUAACCUAAAUUACAUAUAUGAAAAUUUCAUUCUAAAAAAUAAUUUUUUAAUUUCCAGUUUUUAUUUUCGCAAUACACAAAUUACAAACCAUAACAAAAAGUUAAAAUUAAAAUAAAACAAAAAAAAAAAAAAUGCGCAAGAAAUCCAAUGCAAAAAUAAAAUCAAAUAACACAUUUAAAAAAAAAAACAAAAAUUUCACUUUAAUUUUUCAUAUAUUUAAAAAUUAAAAAGAAAAUAUAUUAAAGCCUCUCCUACCCCCCUGCCCUGUUCAAGAAUUUUAUAUAAUUUACUAAAUUACUUUA